GUCUGUUUAUCAGUAUCGUGUCCCCCACGGCGAUGGCCGUACUUGCCUGUUGCCAAGUUAUUGAUCCUCUUUCACAAUUUUCACGAUUAAACAACACUGCAUUGCUGUCAUCUACCAAAACAGUCGUGAUCUUGCUUUACAAGCAGAUUCCUCGUUAAAUAUUUCCAUAAAUUUUUAAAUAAAUAAAUUAAACAUCAACUUAAAUUCAACAAAUUAUUUAACUCUUAAUAUUUAAAUUUAAAAAAAAAUUAUGAAUAAUAUAAAGUGUUUAAUAUACUAUCUAUAAUAGUAAAGCAAAAAAUAAAAAAAAAAAAAAAUAUUUAAAAAAAUGUAGAAAUAAAUAAUUUAAUUACGUAUACGUGUGUGGACAUUUGUUAAGUGACGUUCGUUUGUGAAUGGAAAGUGGGGGGAUUCAUAAGACGUUUUGAAUAAUAAUAAAAAAAAAAAGUAAACAAAUGGAAUAUAUAAACAUGACAACUAUGACAAGUUAUUAAUUAACUAUUAAAUAGUGUUAUUUAUAAUUUUUUUUUAAUAGAAAAAUUGAUUAAUCAAUUUUAAUAUUUUUCAUAGAAUUUUUUUAUUUUUCUUUUUUGUUUAUUUUUUUUUGUGAAUGCUGUAAGGUGUAUUGACAGGGUGAUGUUUAUCGGGGUGAUUUUAUAUAUUUGUUAUUGAUGAUUUAUUGGUUUAAUCAACAAUGAAGAAAUUUACUAUUAAGGGCGUCCUCGAUGGUUUUCGAUCGUCAGUUGCUCAACAGGUUAAGCCCGAUCAAGAGAUCAUCGAAACACUUAGAUCAGACCAUUUUCAAGCUAAAAAGACAUUUAGACAUGGAUUUCCACAUCAACCAACAGCAGUGGCAUUUGAUCCAGUGCAAAAAUUACUUGCAAUUGGAACUAAAACUGGAUCAUUAAGAAUAUUGGGCAGACCUGGCGUCGACGUUCACAUAAAGCAUGAGGGUGGUGCAGCUGUUAUUCAGCUACAAUUUCUCAUAAAUGAGGGUGCCCUAGUUUCAGUAACAUCAGACGACACACUUCAUUUAUGGAAUUUUCGUCAAAAAAUACCCCAAGUUGUCCAGAGUAUUAAAUUUCAACGUGAAAGAAUAACAUCGAUACACUUGCCAUUGCAGAGUAAAUGGCUUUAUGUUGGAACUGAAAGAGGAAAUAUACAUGUACUUAAUAUUGAGACAUUUGUAUUAUCAGGCUAUGUCAUCAAUUGGAAUAAAGCAAUUGAAGUAUCGAGAAAAACACAUCCUGGUGCAGUGAUACACCUCAGUGAUAAUCCCUUGGAUUUAAGUAAGAUGUUAAUUGGAUAUGAAACUGGUCAAAUUGCACUUUGGGAUUUAAAAACUAAAACAGCUGAAUGGCGAUGUCAAACUGAUGAGCCACUCAGAUCAAUCUCAUGGCAUCACGAGGGCAAACAAUUUAUGUGCAGUCAUACUGAUGGCUCUUUGUCUACAUGGGUACUUAGGCAGGCAAAACCAAUGAUCGUAACACAUCCACAUGCUAAAAUAUCAAAAGAUGGUGAACUAGAACCAUGUAAAACAAUUCAAAAAGUUGAAUGGAAAUUAUCUAGAUCAGGGGAAGCUUAUGUCAUAUUUUCCGGAGGAUUAGCCUAUGACACAACUGGAAGAACACCAAGUAUUACUGUAAUCCAAGGUAAAACAACGACAGUACUAGAAAUGGAACACAAUGUUGUUGAUUUUAUAACACUUUGUGAAAGUCCAUAUACAAGUGAUUUUCAAGAUCCAUAUGCUGUUGUAGUAUUACUUCAAAAUGAUUUGGUUGUGAUUGAUUUAUUAACACCUGGUUUUCCAUGUUUUGAAAAUCCAUAUCCAAUGGAUAUUCAUGAAUCACCAGUAACAUGUUGUGCUUAUUUUGCUGAUUGUCCAUCAGAUCUUGUGCCAGCAUUUUAUUCAGUUGGCUCAAGAUCUACUAAAAAAUCUGGUUUUAGUGAAAAAGAAUGGCCAAUAUCUGGUGGUGAAUGGAGUUCAAAUUCAAGUAGUUACAGUGAAAUAAUAUUAACUGGUCAUGCUGAUGGAAGUAUUAAAUUUUGGGAUGCUUCAGCUGGUUCACUUCAAGUACUAUAUAAAUUAAAAACAGCAAAAUUAUUUGAAAAAUGUAAAACAAAAAGUUUUGAUAAUGAUGAAGAUCCAUUGGCUGUACAAUUGAUAUUUUUAUGUCCUGAAAGUCGUAAAUUAGCAAUUGUUGGUGCUGGACGUCAUGUGAUACUUUUUAAAUUUAAAAAAGUUGAAAGCAUGUCUGAAGUUGUAACAUUGGAAAUAUCGCUUGCAGUAGAUCAUGGUAAAGAUACGGAAGGCUCACCUGAUCCUGAUUUGGAUCCAUGCCAAAUACCGGGUGUAGAAGAGUCUAGGGCAGCUGAGGCCGCAAUGUCAUUAAAAGUCAAAGGAGGUUUACAAAAAAGAGCUGCUGGUUUUCAAGCGACACUUAUUUGUUUAACAUCAAAUAGUGGUGGUGAACAAUCAGAAAAUAUAACAUCACUCAGUUUAAAUUCAUCUUAUGGCCUAUUAGCAUACGGAAAUGAGUCUGGUGUUGUGAUAAUCGAUAUUGUACAAAAGGUGACGUUACUUGUAAUGAGUACAUCAGACCUUGGCACAAGUGCUGAUCCAUAUCAACGUGCAUUGAGAAGUCCUAAAAAACAAGAUGAUGCCAAACGUGAUAAUGAUGAUAAAGCCAGAAGUCCCAGUAUAGAUCAGACCAGCCAAAUUCAUCGCGACUCAACAACAACAAUAGCAACAGCAACAACAACAGCAAUAAAUGAAGCUGAACAAUUAUCAUCACAAGUGGAUAAAUUAUCAUCAAACAAUCAAUCAAUAAAUUCACAACAACAGGCUCAAUUAAAUCAAGAAAGUACAAGUACACUUGACAAUAAAGAAAAUUUUGAAGAUAAUAUAACAAAAGAACAAAAAAAAAUAAUUAAUACAGUUAAUGAAGAAGAUGUUAAAAGGCCAACAGCACACUCACACUGGAAAAAAGGUUUUAAUUUAAAAAGACAACUUAGCAGGGUUGAUCUUAAAAUUAAAAGUACUUUUACUCCGUCAUCUGGAUCAUCACACAAUGGGGCAGGAUCGAGUACAAAACAAGAUACAGAAAAUUCACCGAUCGAUACAAGUGAUCCAGAAACAAUAAAAAGUCCAAUAUUAUCACGUUCAUCACAAGAUAAACGUAAUCUUGAUGUUAUAUUUAGUCCAGAUGGUAAUGAUGAUGAUGCCAAUGAUUUAUCACAACAUGAUGAUAAAAAAUAUUGUGAUAGUGGUGCAAUACGUCCAAUUGAUCUUCCAUUAUUUGAAAAUGAUGAUAAAUUAAUGGACAUGAAGAGAAUAAUUAAAACAAGAAAUUCAAAAACUAAAUUAUUAUCUGUGCCAAAUAAUAAAAAUCAAAAAAAUGACACAACUUUAGUAUGUCAAAUUAAAGAUGAUACGAGCAACGAGUCAUUCGCUGGAAAUUUUAUAAGAAGAUUCAGUCGUACAGAUAAAUUUGAUAGUUCAUUUCAACGAUCAAGAAGUUCGAGUAUGUCAUCACUUGAAAAUAUAUCAACUGAAACCAUCAGCUGCCUUACUUUUGCCGAAUCUUGCACAAAAAAAAAUGAAUCAAAUUGUUUACCAACUUUGUGGAUUGGUACAUCAACUGGUUCGAUACAAACAGUUGUAUUUAAUAUACCAACUCCUGAAGAACGUCUUCUUCAAUCUGUCUCAAUUUCAACAUGUAAUGGUUCAUCAUUCAAGCUUAAAGGUUGUAUUAUGACAAUAUCAUUUUUGGAUUGUAAUGGUUCAUUAAUACCCCAUUCAUAUGAAUCAUGGAAAGAUGAAAAUGUCGAUGGUAAAGAACGUAGUAAAAAUAAAUCAAAUCCAAGUCGUAUGUCACCUCAAUUGAAUGCUCAGGUAUCUGGUAGUGACACAUUUGAAGAUCGACAAUUUGCUGUUUUUACAUCUGAAAAGCAAGCAAGAGUUGUCGCAUUGCCAUCACAAAAUUGUGUUUAUAGACAGCAACUUAGUGAAACUCAUGCUGUUAUUAAAGCUGAAAUUUCUUCAUUGAAAGAUGACAGUGUUUGUCUCAUUUGCUAUAUUUCGAAUGGUCACGUUGCCACUUACAGUCUACCCAGUCUUCGACCACUAAUGGACAUUGACUUUUUACCACUUCAAGAUUUAAGUUUUCAGACAACAAAACACGGCAUUGUAGAUCCCAUGUUGUCCAUAUGGGGUCAUCAACUCUUUGUUAAUGGCGAUACUGAUCAAAUUGCCAGAACCAUAUGCUUCAGUAACAAAGGACAUGGUCUUUAUUUAUCAUCACCAACGGAAAUACAAAAAAUAACAGUAUCCAGUGAAUUUUGUGCGGAAUUAACGGAGAUGAUGGGUGACCUCUUUGUAACUGUCGACAUGCCAGAAGCGCCAAAAGAAAGUUUCUUCAAAGGACUUUUUGGUGGUGGUUCGAGAAGCCUGGACAGAGAGGAAUUGUUUGGAGAAUCAAGUGGACGAGCAUCAAGAACAAUUGCAAAACAUAUACCAGGUCCAAAUGCAGCAACAGAAGCAUUACGUGAACGUGCAUCAACAGCAACCAGUGAUGUUGCAUUGGCUCAUCAAUUAGUAAUGGAACGUGGUGAUAAAUUAUCACAACUUGAGGAUAGAACAGCACGUAUGAUGAAUGAAUCAGAAAAUUUUGCUGGUUCAGCUCAUGGUUUAAUGCUCAAGUAUAAAGACAAAAAAUGGUAUCAACUAUGAAAUGAAUACUAUCUUAAAUUGGUACUCAUCAUACUCCUCGACCCUUUCUUUACUACCCAUAAUUUUUAGAUAAAUAUAUAUAUAAAAAAACACAGUCUAAUUUAGUAUUAUUCACUUCGUUAUUUGUGAAAUAAUAAAUUUUAAAAAAUUCAAAACAAAAAAGAAAAAAAAAUACAUUAAUUUAUAAUAUAUUAUUAUAAAAUUUUUCAAAUAAUGAAGAACUAAAAAAUAAUAAUGAAUUUUCACAAUUGUAAUAAUAUCCGUGCGGGCAAAGACGUAUAUUUCAUUUAAAAAAAAAAACAAAAUGAUAAACACUUAUUACGCACACAAAAUUAUCAAAGUAGUUGAAUAAAAAAAAAAAAAAUUUAAAAGAAAAAAAAAUUUACCAUGUUUAAAUGAAUAUUUAAAAAAAAAAAAAAAACUCUAAGACUUGGCGCGGAUAUUGUCGUUGUUAACUAUCAUAAAUUCUUAAUAAUAAUUAAUUACACUUGAUGUAAUAAAUAAAUAAAAAAAAAAAAAAUUAAAAAAAAGGUAAAAUAAAUAAAAAUGAAAAAAAAAAAAUAACAAUUCCUAAUAAUAAGAUAAAACAAAGAAAAAAAAAUUCAAUGAAACUACUGUAAAGAAUUUUCUUUUUUUUUGUUUUUGCUGAAUAAAAUAAUAAUGAGCUAAAUUUUAGAUGCAGGCAGAUGGAAGAGAAAAAAAAAAAAAGCAAAACGUGAUUGUUAAUUUUUUGAGUAAAUUUUUCAUAUCAAUUGCCAUUCGAUUUGUUGUCAAAGAAAAAAAAAAUGAAUAAUUAAAUAAAUAAUAUAUAUUAUAUAUACAUAUGUAUGUGUACAAUGUAUACAUACAUAUUGUAUAUACACAUAUGUAUAUAUGUAUAUAGUCAUACGCACACACAUGAAAAUGUUAAAAAAUCACAAAAAAAAAAUAAAAUGAAAAUGUUAAAAAAGAAAAACAAUAUAUAAGAUUGUGAAGUGAAAAAAAUAUGAAUAUUGUAAUUGAGUAAAUUGUGUGUGAAAUGUAAGAGAAAAAAAAAAACAACAAAAACAACAACAACCGCUAAUUAAUUGACUUAUAAUUUAAAUUAAUUUUGAUCAUGAAAUUAAGAUAUAAUGGUUGAUUCAUUCGGACGUCCCUGUGCAAUGACACCUUUUCAAGAAUCUCAAAAUAAUAAUUAAAUAUAUUCAAAUAAAUAUUAAUUAUAAAAAAAAUAUUUAGUUUGUUAUCUCAACUGGUUUGAGAUCAGAGUUUCUAACGAUAUUGUGCAAGAUUUUAAACGAAAAAAAAUAAAAUAAUGACCAAGUGAAAUUUCGAAAGGAAAAAAAAAUUAAUUUAAAAAUGUGUGUGUAGAUUUUGAAAUAGAUUUUAUCCUUCUUUUAACUGAAAAUACGUGAAUAAAUAAUAUCAAUAAACUGAUUACAUAAAUGGACUUGAAAAAUAUUAUAAAUAAACGUUUUAUUGCAGAGACGCUGUUCCGAAUGUAUUGACAAUAAUUAUUCAAGUACUAGUAGUAAAUUUUUAAUUGAAUUUUAAUUUUAUUAACAUGGAAAGAAAAAAAAAAUUAAUUGUAUUUUUUUUUUCUUUCUAUCCUCUUCUUGGAUAUAUAUCAUACAGGUACAAAUUAAAAAAAAAAAAAACUUUUGAACGAACCAAUGAAAAUCAUAUUUAAAAAAACACACAAAAACAAAA